AUGUUCGUCUCGAAGCUUCUCGGUGCAUUGGCCUUCGGCCUCUCAAUCUCUGCAUGGGCGGCUCCCCUGCCUCAGGAUGGACAAUCCAUCGCCAAACGCUACGAUGGCGACAGAGAGGACAAUGGGAUCUUCAAGCGCUACGAUGGCGACAGAGAGGACAAUGGGAUCUUCAAGCGCUACGACGGCGACAGAGAGGACAACGGCAUCCUCAAGCGCUACGACGGUGAUACAGAGGACAAUUAA